GGCAAUUGGUGAGAUUCGAGUGCUCCAUGUACCGACUGCACAACAGUUUGCUGACAUAUUUACCAAGGGCCUGUCGUCACCUCUAUUUUUGGAGUUUCGGAACAGUCUAAGCGUUCGUGAACCUGCCGCUUUGACUGAGGGGGAGUGUUAGAUAAGAUACGAUACUUAGAGAUAAGCAUGUAUCUGAUUUGUGUAUAUCUCCUCCUUUAGAUAAGGAUGCAUAUCAUGUGUAUAUAUACUGAUGACAUGAAUACAUAACUCUCUACGGAGACUUACAUUAUAACAACAUUCUAAUAUUUCUUUUAGCACUCAGAAGUUAUAUGUGUUUUUAUUUUACAUAUAAGUUUUUCAUAAUAUUUUACAUACAAAUUAUCGCAUAAAAUCACGAUGCUCUAAGCGAUCGGGUCCGAGGCUAAUAAACAAUUUUUAUCUACUUCAUCAUGCAUAUUAUGCAUAAUAGUUAAUCGAUAAAGAGUGAAAUUCAAGAGGAGAAACAGGAAGCUAUCGAAACCUUUAAGUUUAUGAAAUCUUUGGCUGGUAGAAUUCUCGGUGGCCGCAAGAAAGAAGAGAAAGAAACCACGACACUAACACCUGAACAGCUUAAAGAAAUCAAAGAUGGGAUCUUGAAGUGGCAGACUGUGAUUGUUAAGGUCGCAAACACUAUGGUAGUUAGCACAACAACAAACAACGAAGGCUCUGCUGGUUCAAAUCCUGGAGAUGGAACUCCCUCUACAGAUACAAACAAUCAAUCUCAAGGUACUCCCUCUACGGAUACAAACAAUCAAUCUCAAGGUACUCCCUCUACGGAUACAAACAAUCAAUCUCAAGGUGCUCCCUCUACAGAUACAAACAAUCAAUCUCAAGGUACCACUGAAGGCUCUUCGAGUUCUAACUCCGGAAGCGCUACUGGAAGUCCAUCAAACAAGCCGUCAGCUGGUUCAAAUCCUGGAGCUGGAACUCCCUCUACGGAUACAAACAAUCAAUCUCAAGGUACCACGAACACUGCUUCAAGUAGAAGUGCAACUACUAGCCAGACCACGGAGGUGACAGUGACAGAAGUCGAGACUCAGACUUCCGAACAAGUUAUGACAUUCCUAAUGAACCUAGAGAAGAAGUGUCCACCAAAGGAGGAAUACAAGCAAUUUUUCGAGAAGCUAAAGAGUACCAUGACAGGUUCCGCAAAGGUUUCUUCUCCUAAGAAAAAAGGAGGCUUGUUCGGUAUGAUCAAAGGUGCUGUUGAAAAAAUAGGUGAUGCCAUGCAAUUUAUUCGUUCAAGAAUUGGAAACAAAUCAGCAGAAGUAAAGAAGUCAAUGGAAACUUACCAAGCAGAAGUGAUAAAGAAUAUGGAAGAGCUAAAUGCAAUCUACGCUAAAAUUGUAACCCAAAAUCAAAGCAAUAAAGGAGGAGCAAUGACAUGCACACCAGAACAACAAGCAGAGAUAAAGACGACAAUCACCAAGUGGGAACAAGUCACAACCCAAUUCGUUGAGGUUGCUAUUAAGAGUGAAACUUCGACAGCUACUUCUACUUCUACAUCAUCCUCCACGGGAACAGCACAGGCAAAUUGAGCGCAAAGAUGACAAAAUUAGUAACCAAUAGCUUACAUUAUUUAAUUUUGAUUGUAAAUAAAAGGGGUUUUUGCCAAAACUAACCCACAACUUGAUUUUAAC